AUGAAUGGAAUGAUUGAAGUAGUCAAACAGAUAUUGCGUGCAACACCGCCAUUUUGGGUUUUUUCCGGCAACACCACCGCCACAGCAGCAGCUUUUCCGACGAUACACCACCGUAGUAUUUUGAUUUCAGAUCUGGAAUUUGCAUAUGAUGGUGAAAAAAGUUUGUUUACUAUUGGAGCUCUUCCAAGGAACAAGCUUGAAUUCACUAUUGUUCUUGAAAACGCCACUUCUAAUCGCAAUAACAAUGGAAAUGCAAGCCCUGGAAGCCCUGACAAUGACAAGAAGAGAAUCAGGCGUUCAUAUCUCAAGACUUUCAAAGUGGAGCUGAGUUUUGCUGUCAAAAUCCCAAUGCAGGCAAUCGCACAGGCUCUCAGAUGACAGGAAUCUGAAAACUCCAUGGAAGCCUUGAGGGUGCUUGAUAUCAUCUUAAGACAACAUGCAACUAAACAGGGGUGUCUGCUUGUUCGACAAUCUUUUUUCCACAACGAUGUGAAGAAUUUUGCUGAUGUUGGAGGUGGUGUUCUCAGAUGCAGAGGAUUCCAUUCCAGUUUCCGCACAUCCCAGGGUGGUCUAUCCCUCAACAUCGAUGUGUCUACUACCAUGAUCAUCCAGCCUGGGCCAGUGGUUGAUUUUCUAAUUGCUAACCAAAACGUGAAAGAUCCCUAUUCUGUUGACUGGGCAAAGGCAAAGCGUACACUGAAGAAUCUGAGGGUGAAAACCAGCCCUACCAAUACUGAGUACAAGAUAACUGGUUUGAGUGAGAAGCCCUGAAACGAGCAGCUGU